UUAUUAAUAGGUUAUGUUAUUGAAAAUUUUGAAUCAAAUGUGAUGUAGGUAGAUAUUAUAUGUUUAAAACGUUAAAGCUUUAAAACAUUGUUAUAAAAUAUGAAAUCUCAGAUUAUUUAUACAUCAAGCAAUUCUAAUCAAGUUCCAACCGUUGUCGAUUGGGGUAAAAAUGAUUUAAUAUGCUAUGGAUCUUGUAAUUCUGUAUUGGUAUAUGAUCCCAAUUAUGGAAGUGGAGGAAAAGUUACCCAUAUAUUAAUAAACCAUACAAAACGUGUAAAUUCUGUAAAAUGGUUAAGAGGAAAGAACAAUACCCCAGAAUAUGAAAUUAUUUCUGGAUCUACUGAUGGGACAUUAUGUAUUUGGACUUUAAAUGGUGAUAUAUAUCUGCUAAAAAUACUAAAAGGCCACAGUUCCAAUGUCAAUAUUGUAGAUGGCCUCUAUAGAGAUGACAAAAGUGCUGUUGUAGUAAGUGUAUCAAUGGAUCAAACUGCCAAAAUAUGGUUGAGGCAAAAUUCUCAAGAUGACUUUGUAUUAAAUCAGACACUCAGUUUUGGAUUCCAUAUAGGUUUGAGUUUAAGGUUAACAUAUUUACCCAAUAGUGAUGAAUUGUUAUUAGCAUGUGCCCUAGAUGAUUCCAAAAUUCAUAUUUUUUCUGAAAGCAAAUCAGACAAUUUACAAUUUGAAGAAGGGACCAAGCUGGCCGGUCAUGAAGAUUGGGUAAGGGGAUUGGAUUUUACUAAAGAUGGCGAUGACUUAAUAUUGGCAUCAUCAUCACAAGACGCCUUCAUCCGUCUUUGGCGCCUGUCUACAAAAAACCUAGGAAUAGAAGUUCCCGAAAAUGCGCAUUUACGAACAAAAUCCAACACCUACAAUAUAUAUCUGGAGUCCGUAAUAUCUGGCCAUGAAGGCUGGGUUUAUUCUGUACAAUGGAGUCUGGACGGUAAGCAACUGUUGUCUGCAUCCAUUGACAAGAGUAUGAUAAUUUGGGAGUACGACGAAACUUCCGAAUUAUGGCUAGAAAAAAUAAGAGUAGGAGAAAUAGGAGGUAAUACUCUUGGUUUUUACGGUGGUCUGUUCGGACCAGAGGGCGAUACAGUCCUUGGACACAGUUACCAUGGCGCUUUUCACAUAUGGAAACACUCCGUUAAAUUAUCACAAUGGAUUCCGUGUGCAACUGUCGGAGGCCACUUCAACGAAGUGACGGACUGUGCGUGGGAACCACAUGGACAAUUUUUAUUUACAACCAGUGCGGACCAGACAACCAGGAUUCAUGCUCCUUGGAAACGGGAUAAAGAGGAAAUUACUUGGCACGAGAUAGCUAGACCUCAAGUACAUGGCUACGACAUGAACUCAAUAGCAAUUAUUUCUCGAUAUCUUUUUGCUUCAGCCGCUGAGGAAAAGGUUACACGAAUUUUUGAGGCUCCGACAAAUUUUAUAGAAAAUCUUAGAAGGAUAUGUCCCAUUACAGAAGAUAAAGAAGGAGAUGAGAUCAUAAAAUCCUCAGAUAAAAAAGAAGGACCAAAGGGAGCAUCAGUACCGUCGUUGGGAUUAUCGAAUAAAGCUGUUUAUACUAAUGACAACUUCGAACAAACAUUGCCUGUUGACAAAAAGAAUCCCUAUCCUGAAGAAUCUCAGUUCACGGCUACCGAAUUAACUGAGCCUCCUACCGAAGAAACACUUCUCCAAAAUACACUUUGGCCAGAAGUGCAGAAGUUAUAUGGACAUGGGUAUGAAGUUUAUUCAUUAGCAGCUUCUCCUGAUGGUAAAUACUUGGUAUCAGCUUGCAAAUCUACCAAAUACGAACAUUCCAAUGUGAUACUUUGGGACACUACCAGCUGGAGAUGGAUCCAAAAAUUGUUCUCUCAUACGCUAACAAUUGUCCAACUUCAGUUUUCACCAGAUAGUCAGCAUAUACUAUCGGUUUCAAGAGAUAGGAGGUGGUCAUUAUUCACCAAAAACAAAGACAACGAAUUCCAAUUGGCCGGUACCACUGAUAAAAGUACAUCUGUUCAUUCUAGAAUAAUCUGGACGUGCUGUUGGACGCAUGAUUCGAAAUAUUUUGCUACUGGUUCUCGAGAUGGCAAAAUAGCAGUAUGGUCAAUAAACAAGAGCGAAGAAAUUACAAACUCCCUUGGAAAAUGUGGCUUGGCUUCUGAGCCUUAUGCACUUAAAAACGAAUCCAUCACAGCCUUGGCCUUUGCUCCAGAUCUUAUUUCAGGAAUGUAUUUAUUAGCUGUGGGAUUAGACAAUGGAAAUAUGGAGCUCUUGAAGUGGUGUCCAGAUAGUUGGGAGAAAAUUACUAGUUUUUCCGAAAGGCCUGUUCACAAUUUAACGGUUAAAAGGUUGGCAUUCAGACCAUUGUUUGGAGAAGCUGGAAAAUCAGAAAACAAAAACGUUUUACAAUUAGCUAGUUGUAGUUCGGAUUGUUCUGUAAAUGUUUUUAAUAUAUUUAUAAAUAAAUAAUUUUUAUAACAA